AUGAGUCUUAACCAGAGCUGUCGUGGCAAUGCCCCAAAGGCCAGAGCUGGCACCUGUUGGCCAGAAACAGCAGCAGCUCAGGAGCCUUCCUGGGACUAUGAGGCAGCAAGGGGUCGCUCGCCGGUGGCCGCUUCUGUCAGCCAAAAAUUUGUGUUCAUUAAAAAAAGUUCAGAAAAUGAAAUGCUAGAACCUUCUGAGCAUAUACGAACAGCUAAUUACUUCGCAAGAUUUGUGCAAGCUGUAAUGGGUAAAGCAAAAAGUGAUAAAGUCAUACGGAUUAUUCCUGAGAGUGAGAGGGAAACGCAGAUCCUGAAGGCUGUAUUUAACAGACUUAAGGUGGACCUGUGGCAGCCCAGCAGCACCUCGUACAUCGCCGAAGGUACCAUCACCGACCUGCGAGUACCGCACAACGCGUCCCAAAUUCUGCUGCCCGCCCUCCAGCAGGCCAACAUCCAGUACACGAUUCUCAUAUCAGAUCUACAGAAGGCAGUAGAAAAACAAACCGGACGGACGUCACAAAGAAAUCGAAGGUCCCUCCCUGCCUACAACUAUGAAGUAUAUCACUCGCUGGAUGAAAUCCAGGGUUGGAUGCAUCAUCUGAAUAAAACUCAUUCAGAUCUUAUUCAUAUGUUCUCUGUUGGAAAAUCCUAUGAAGGCAGACCACUAUUUGUACUCAAGUUAGGUAAAAGAUCACAGCCUUACAAGAAAGCUGUCUGGAUAGACUGUGGGAUUCAUGCAAGAGAGUGGAUUGGACCUGCCUUUUGCCAGUGGUUCGUGAAAGAAGCUCUUCAGACAUACCAGACUGAUCCUGCCAUGAGCAAGAUGCUAACUCAGCUGUAUUUCUAUAUCAUGCCUGUACUGAAUGUGGAUGGAUAUCAAUUUAGCUGGACAAAUGAUCGAUUUUGGAGAAAAACAAGAUCAAAGAACUCAAGGUUUCGGUGUCAUGGUGUUGACGCUAAUCGCAACUGGAAAGUGAAGUGGUGCGAUGAAGGUGCUUCAAUUCACCCAUGCGAUGACACCUACUGUGGUCCCUUUCCUGAGUCUGAACCUGAAGUAAAGGCCGUUGCUCAUUUUCUUCGCAAACAUCGCAAACAAAUAAAAGCCUAUUUGUCCUUCCAUGCCUAUGCACAGAUGCUGCUGUACCCCUACUCUUACAAGUAUGCAACUAUUCCAAACUUCAGCUGUGUGGAGUCUGCAGCCUAUAAUGCUGUUAACGCUCUUCAGUCAGCUUAUGGGAUAAGAUACAGAUACGGUCCUGCAUCUAGCACUUUGUAUGUGAGUUCUGGCAGCUCUAUGGACUGGGCCUACAAAAAUGGCAUUCCCUAUGCAUUUGCCUUUGAGCUGCGCGAUACUGGCCACUUUGGAUUUUUACUUCCCGAGACGCUGAUCAAACCAACAUGCACAGAAACCAUGCUCGCAGUUAAAAAUAUAACUCUACAUCUGCUGAAGAAAUGCCAUUGAAGCUGCGUCCGGGAUCUGGAAUUCAAUGUUUUACGUCCAGUGUUAAUGCCGUACAGCAUGUUUAAUUGUCAUUCUAAGUCAAAACUAUAGAGCAUAAUUGGAAAUAAGGUGUUGAUCCUACCUGAUUUAUCUGGUGGAAAAAGGAAAAUCCUUCAAUUUUUGCUCUACAAAAGUUCAUGAAGUUGACAUACCAACUUAGUUUUCAGUUCAGUAAAAUACUCUGUUAAGCUUUGAGUUUGUGCCAGUGACUUCAGUGGGGUAGAUCCAUGUCUACAUACAGAUGCCUGAAAGAAAACCCAGGUUCCAGAUUGUGCCUGUUCCUACUCCUUUGCCAAGUAGGAAGACUUCCCAUCGCAGAGCCUGUGGAAUAUAGUUUACAUUCCUGUAUGUAUACCCUGCGAGCCAACACAGAGCUAUGUCUAUAGCAAUAAAUGGCAGCGUGGCAUAUAGCUGCGGCUA